CAUACAUAAUAAUUACUUUUCAGAUCAAAAGCUUUUCCAUCAGUUAGGCAGCCAGUUUCAUUUAUGUGUAAUGGUUUUAAGUUUCUAUGUUAUGUAUUGCGAUUUGUAUCGAUGGCUAUCGAUGUGAAAAGUUUUCGAUCAGCUGAAACUUUGUCAAAACGCAAUUAAUAUCAAGAUGGGGAGCAUUGUUAACUUGGAUGACAAGUGCCUACUUAAAAUUAUAGGGUACCUAGAUCUUGAAGAACAACUAGAUCUGUGGCAGGCUACUGAAUCUAUUUCCCGAUUGAAUAAGGUUGUAUCAAGCACCUGGCAGAGCCAUAAGAAAUACGCUUUACACCGGAAAUCAUUUGAAAAUAGGGCGGAACUUCUUCAUAACUUUCUGCAGUGCAUCAGUCCUACAAUGGUGAACUUAACUCUCAAAGACUUUCCCGUAGAUCAGCUUUAUGCUCUCCGCAGUCACAGUUUUCCGAACGCACGGAUACUAGACUAUUCGGGAGUAAUAUCCAAUGUCAACGAAGAUUUGGAGUCUCUGGUGAAUUGCUUUCCCCUCAUAGAGUCCUUUAAAAUAACAGUUGACGGUGAGGACCCAGCAUUUGAAAUAUUCGCUGGUCAUCUCGUCGCCAGAUGGGAGAACCUCCGCAGACUGGAUAUAAUUGGCGCUUCCAGACACUGGAACACAAAAUGUUUUCAGGAAAUAUGCAACAGAUUGCCGCUACAGUUUUUGGCCGUCGCGUGGAGAGACUCGGAGGAAGACGACUAUGUGGAGGCCAUAUCGAAGUUACAGGAACUUGACGUACUGCAAUUGGAACUUGAUCUCCUCAGCAGGGAAAGCACGAGCAUGCUGUUGACUUUGCCAAAGCUGAGAAGAUUGCGCUUUGAUGAAUUCGAAGAUGUGGAAUGUUUGCUGGAACAUGUGGCCGAACUGCGAGGACAGGACGUUGUCGCCCUUACCUGUAACGAAAACUUUUGGUUGUGGCUCACUCCCAACCGCUUUCAAAAUGUGCGAAAAAUGUCCAUUAUAAACGAAGGAGUCGUGGAGGGAAUAUGGUGUGAAAAAAGUUUUUACAACAAUAUCAUAGAAUUUCCUAGAUUAAUGGAGUUGUACUUGGAGGACAUAACCAUUUGGCAGACAGGAGAUGUAUUUUGGGAGAUGAUAUCCUCCUGUCCUCAGCUCCAACUGUUACAUUUGCAAAACCACGAGAUUGAGGAUCGAUUCUUAGAGUUCAGUGCAUCAACCAUGGACAAGGCUUUAUGUCGGCGAAAUGAGCCUUUGUUCAUACAUUUUGCGAAUACUUCUCAUAAAGAUUUGUUUUUUUUUUUGAAGAUUUUUAAGCACUUUAGUCAUGUUAAGCUAGAGAUAUCCUUUAAAGUCAUCAAGAAUGCUUAUCCAAAUCUGACCGGCGGACUUGUAGAACUGGAAUUUACUCCUAGAAACAUUUUGUAGCCCAACAAUUGG